AAACACAUAUUCGUCAAAAAAUGAGUGCGUUUUUACCUCUUCAAGUAGUCGCACUAUUAUUUAAGCUCUGUUGGGUCAUAGUUCCAGUCCUCCUUUUUCUGGGCCUCGCUGGUACGUACAUAUUAUGGCAGAUGAACGGUUACGAGGAAAGAAUACAAGAUAAAGUAAACGAUAUCGUCACCGCCUUCCUCAUGUACUGACAGCCGUUCUCAUGGCAACGGGUUUGUUAUGGCAACAACGCUCGAUCAAACGAUGGCUACAGACGAGGAUAAAACGAAGUUGGCCAAACUUCUUCAAGGUCUGGAAGUGCCAGAAGUGAAAUUAACGGAGAAGUGUCGUGAUAUAGUGAAUUUGUUCCACGAAAAGUUUGAUAAAGAGGUUGAGGAGGAAGAGAUGAGAGACCGGGUUGCCAGAGAGACGGAAACGUUUGACGAGAAUCCGUAUAAGGUUGACAAAGGGUUGCUGGAAGAAAAUGAGAGAAAACUGCGCGAACUGCUUGCUAUAGGAAAUCGAGCUAAAAAGGAAUUUAAAGAAGGCGUCCUUUGUGCAGCCGAUCCUAAGCGACCGUGGCGUACCAAUACCAGCAAAGAAAAGUUACUUCGCAUCGACAACGAACUCAAGCGCCAUCACGAAGUUGGCUCUCAAGCCAUAGCACCCAUGACUGACGGUGACAUGAGGGACCUCGUCAAAGAAUGCCAGGAGGAAACCCAAAUUUCUGCUAAGAUCUCAGCCGAAAGACUUAGAGAUACAGUCGAUUCGGCAAAGAGAAAUCUACCCAAUUUUCAAUACAGGAAGGUUGAUAAUAGCACCGCUACUGCCAUCUUACCAGAGGCACAUGAACCUCCCUCAACUCAAGAUAUUACUCUGAUAAAAUAAGUUUUCUUGGAUAAUUAUGUA